AUGGCACGUUACGGACGUUCAUUACGUUUUGGAACUCGCAGACAAUUACUUGGCAAAGCUGUUUGGUUUCAAAUACAUCGAUUUCUGCUUUCUAUAUCUUCUUUAUUAAUACUUUUAGGCUUUUUCCUAAUUCUUGUUCGUGCUGGUGGUCAAUGGGUGAAUCUCCAAAUUCAUGGUCCACGUUUAUUUGCUCAUUCAAUACUUGGUAGCAUAAUUGUAUGCUGCGCUAUGAUACAAAUAUGGUUAGCAUUAUAUCGUUGCAAUCCUCGUAGUCGAUUUCGUUUUAUUUUUGAUUGGAGUCAUCGUAUCACUGGUUUAUUAGCUUUUAGUCUGUCAAUUCCAACGAUAUUUCUUAUCAUAUGUCUGAUGCCAAACUAUCGUACUGUUCUCAUUGUAAUUGUUUCACUUUGGGCUGCCUGGAUAAUCAUCGUUGUCAUAAUUUGUGAAAAAAUUGAAUGUAAAAAACGAGUAUCUCCGUUAUCAACGUCAAACGAUGUUCGACAAGAUGAUAGAAAUCAGAACAAUAUUAAUACAAAUGCAUUACCAGAUACUGAAGCAGCUACGCAAACAAACGUCGGUAGUCAAUAUCAUAAUCAAAUAAAAUUACUUUUACUGAUCAUUCAUAUUCCUAUUAGUAUUACUCUUUCUGUUUUACUUAUUGUAUAUAUUUCUAAAUAA